GCGAGCGGUUGUCAUCAGUAUCCAAGUUUUCAGCUUUGUGGAAGAGUCCAACAUAGCGAACACUAACCAGAAAUAUUAAACAAGUCAGGCGAAAGCAAAGCAAGUCAAACAAAGUAAAUAAAAUCCCCGAGAGAAAUCGAAAUGAGCGAGGCAGCCAAACAGCAGGAGCAGGAUCGGGAGCAGCUUCCCCAGGAGCUGAUCGACUGCGACAUUGAUUUCGAGGAGGACUCAGCUCCCAAGGAGCGGGAGGUCAGAAUCGCAGCCAAGUCCUCCGACAAACGGUACUCCAAGGCCCUCAAGAAGGUGAUCAAGGUGCAGGGUAUGCUGGAGGAGGCCAUGGCUCUGCUGGCCGAGGAGGAUGUGAGGUGCCAGGAGAAGAGAUCCAAGAAGGGCAAAAAGCAGGCAAAGAAGCAGGCCAAGAAGGACAAGAAGAAGGCAAAGAAGCUCGCCAAGAAGAAGGGGGAGGAGGAGAACCAGGUGGCUGGCGAGGAUCCCGCGAACUCCUCAUCCAGCUCCUCCAGCUCCAGUUCCUCCAGCUCGAGCUCCUCCAGUUCGAGCUCCUCCAGCUCCGAAGACGAGGAGGUUAACUUCUACGGCUACGGCUGGGGACACAAUCCCUGGCGACGACAUGGACACCAUGGUAUUGGCCGCCGACAUGGACACGGUUUUGGCCACAAACAUGGUCACAAGCAUGGUCACAAGCAUGGUCAUGGACCUCAUCACCAUGGCCGACACCAUCGCCGUCCCCACUUGGGACCCCACUUUGGACCACCCCACCACCACUACGGACACCACAUUGGACCUCACCCCUUUGACUUCAAUCGGAGAUCCUAUCCGGGACCUUGGCAGGAUCAGUGCCAGUUUUUUCGGUGGAUGGGCUUGCCGUGGGCCCUGGACAAUGCCGCGGCCUGCCGGAGGAGCCGAUCGCUGCCGAGACCUGAGCCCCAUUGUCGUGGAGAUCUCGGAUUCGGAUUCGGCUUCGGACCGGGAUACGGACACGGACAUGGCCACCAGGGUCGACCACAUGGCCGUCGAGUAGAGAGAUCCCUAUCCCGUUCCGGUUCGGGGGAGAGGAAGCACUGCGAAAGGAAGUCCAGGGGUAGAAGGUCAAGGUCCAGUUCUAGCUCCAGUUCCAGCUCCAGUUCUUCUUCAGAGGAUGAAAAGAAGACCCGGAAACGCAAGGAGAAGCGUUCCUCCUCCAGCUCUUCUUCAAGUUCGAGCUCCAGUUCGGACAGUUCGGACAGCCAUGUGCAGAGGAGGCAUGGUCAUCGUCAUGGUCAUCAUUUUGGACCUCCCCAUGGACGUCAUGGUCAUCAUGGUCAUCAUUUUGGAUCUCCCGGACACCGUCAUCAUGGACCUCAUUUCGGACCCCAUCAUGGCCCACACCAUGGAUUUGGGCCGGAGUUUCCUUUUCCACAAGGAGGACCCGGUGAACGACCACCUUUUGGACCCCAUGGACACCAUGGACCCCACGGACACCACGGACCCCAUGGACCCCAUGCCGAACCUUUUGGACCACCAUCCGAAUUCUUAGGUCGUCGCGGACGUUCACUAUCACGUUCCCACUGUGAGAAGGAAAACCGGGAGAGAUCCAAGUCCCAUGGUCAGGAAAAGGGCGAAAAAGUCGAGGGUCAAAAGGAUGGCAAGGAUAAGUGCAAGAAGGGCAAGAAGAAGCACGGAAAACGUGGUCAUGGACAUAAGAACCAUCGUGGUUAGGCAAUCACAGCCGGCAUUUAAGAUACAUAAUAUUCCUUCAACAAAAUGUAUAACUUCCUAUAUGCAUUAUUUUCGAACAACUACAAAUUGUAUAUCCUAAAAAAAAGCUUUAUUAUUAUAUAGAAAAAAACAUUUAAAAUU